AUGAAAAUCUUUGAUAUUAUGAUUUCGUUGGCGUUUUUAGGUGCAUCGCAUUCUGUGAGUGCUGCCACCCCUGGUAACGAUCUUCAAGAUGGUUUAUGUGCAGUUGCCCGCAAGCUCGACAUUUGUCCUUCUUAUCCGCAUCCCUGUUCUUAUGAGUCGUUUGAGAAUAAGAUUUACGGCCAUUUUCAUGACGAAAUUAUGAAGCGUCCAUGCGGUCCUCGUAAUAAGUCAGUUAAAUGCUUCACCUUCCGCAACAACGAAGAAGAAUGUCUGAAGAAUGGAUGCACUUGGGAACAAGCCCUCGCUGAUGACGUUGGAUCGCAUUCUGUGAGUGGUGCCAAUCAUAUUGGUGGUGCUCUUCAAGAUAGCCUAUGUUCAGCUUUCAACAGUAUCAAUAUUUGCACUCCCUAUCCUGAUUCCUGUACUUAUGAGGCAUUCAAUAAUGACGGUCGCCAAGGGUUUCAUGACGCCGUUGUGAAGCGUCCAUGUAGUGGUCGUGGUUCAGUGCCAUGUUGGGAGAUCCCCGAUAACCAAAAAGAAUGUCACUCAUGCUCAGAGUUUCGCAAUGAUGAAAAUGGAUGCUUAAAGAAUGGAUGCGUUUGGGAGCACCUCCUCAGGAAUAGCAGUGGCUCAUCACAUUUUGCAAGUGGUGCCAAUCCAAUUGAUAGCACUCUUCAAAAGGAUGGCAUAUGCUCAGUUGUCCGCAAUGUCAAUGUUUGUCCUCCCAAGGACCUAGCGCUCUGUACAUAUGAGACGAUUGAUAAUGAUUAUGGUGCAAAGGGCUUUCAUGACAGGCUCAUGAAGCGUCCGUGCGGUCCUCGUAAUCAUUCAAUCCCAUGCUCAAAGUUCAAACAUGAGCCACAAGAAUGUCUGAAGAUUGGAUGCACCUGGGAGCAGGUCACAAGGACUUUUGGUAAGUAG